UACGUCACAAGUAUCAUACAAUUAUACCAUUUCUCUUUCUUCCUCUCUCUCUCUCUCCCUCCUCCUCCUCCUCCCUCAUCCCACAGUGCUGAAAACUUCUGGGAGGAGAGUGGUGGUGGGCUGGUGGUCCGGCGCUAAGAUGGGAGGAGAGAAAGUGAGGAAACCCAUGAAGGGGCUAGUAAGUAGCUCUGUGCAAGUAGUUCUGCUUUUGCUAUUGGCUUUGAAUUAUGCUGAAGCUCAAUAUGAGGGAGAAUGCGAGUUUAAUAAGCCUUUGAAGCCCAGACCUCACAGUGCAUCGGUUUUGGACUUUGGGGCUGUGGGCGAUGGGAAAACGUUAAACUCUGUAGCGUUUCAGAAUGCUAUUUUUUAUCUCAAGUCUUUUGCUGAUAAGGGCGGGGCACAGCUCUAUGUUCCAGCCGGAAAGUGGUUGACUGGGAGCAUCAACCUUACUAGCCACUUGACACUCUUCCUAGAAAAAGAUGCCAUUAUUUUGGGAUCAGAGGAUUACGCUCAUUGGGGUGUAGUCGAUCCCUUACCAUCUUAUGGGAGAGGUAUUGAUGUUCCAGGUGGGAGAUAUCGAAGCUUGAUUACUGGACAUAAUUUAACCGAUGUUGUGAUAACAGGAAAUAAUGGAACAAUUGAUGGGCAGGGUUCUGUUUGGUGGGAGCAGUUUGAAGCUGGUGCCUUGAAUUACAGUCGACCAAAUCUUGUAGAAUUCGUGGGUUCCAGUUAUGUUGUUAUUUCAAACUUGACCCUUCUGAAUGCCCCCGCUUGGAACAUUUUUCCUGCUUACUGCAGUAAUGUGACCGUUCAGAACAUAACAGUUCGAUCCCCAGACAGUUCACCAUAUACUAAUGGCAUUGUCCCAGACUCUUCUGAGCACGUCUGCAUCGAAAAUAGCAACAUUAGCAUGGGUCAUGAUGCCAUCGUGCUCAAAAGUGGCUGGGACGAGUAUGGGAUUGCCUACGGGAGACCUGCCUCAAAUGUUCACAUUCGAGGGGUUCGUUUGCAGUCCAGUGUAGGUGCAGGUAUAGCUUUUGGCAGCGAGAUGUCCGGUGGCAUCUCAAAUGUACUCGUGGAGAACCUCUACAUACACAACUCUUUUGUGGGAAUUGAGCUGAAGACUGCCAGGGGAAGGGGAGGUUAUAUCCAGGAUAUUCUCGUCUCUAAUGUUGCAAUGGAGAACGUACGGGUGGCCAUAAAGGCUACCGGUUACUGUGACACACAUCCAGACGAUGAAUAUGAUCCCGAGGCAUUCCCAUUGGUGAGUGAAAUCUCCUUUGAAGACAUAGUUGGAUCAAAUAUCUCCAUAGCUGGAAAUUUCACCGGAUUAUCUGAAUCCCCGUUUACCUCUAUAUGCAUGUCCAAUAUAACCUUCUCCAUCUCGCCUGCUGCUUCUGAACCAUGGAUAUGUUCUAACGUAUCUGGUUUCUCUUCAAAUGUGUCCCCUCAACCUUGCCCCGAGUUUCAGACCCCAAUUGCCAAUACAUCCGAAACUUGCUUCUCCUUUCAGUCCCCGUUCAAUCAAGUUGCGGUCUUAUAAUCCCUCCAAAGAAAGAGACAUAAUUCAUUGUCACUGUAUAAUCUCACACCCCGAGUUAUGGUUCAGAAGGACAAAAUGAGGGUCGAUCGGGCAAACAAAUUCCUUGAAGAAACUUCACAUUUCAAAUGGGUUACUUGUGUACAGAAAGCAUCAGUUCUUCAUUCAUGUGUAAGAAAAGUUUUGGUAGUGCAGUGCAUUGAGAUACUUUGCUUCUUUUGGCUGUUUAUUUAUUUAUUUAUUUUCUUUUACCAUUAGUCAUCUUACAUUUGUAAAUUUGGGUAUGGGAAUGGGAACCACCCAAGAUUGUUUGUUAUUAUAUUGGUGUUAUAUUGAUCUGAAGUGACAUUUUGCAAUAAAAGUUUUAGCCAUUUGAUUGAGA